GUAAGUACAGGAAUAUUCUAGUGGGUUACAGGCUAGAGGUGCAGUGAGAGUACUAUGCAGUAUAAGUACAGGAAUAUUCUAGUGGGUUACAGGCUAGAGGUGCAGUGAGAGUACUAUGCAGUGUAUAAGUACUAGAGUGAUAUAGAGGGUUACAUGGAAGGUUGGAGGUGCGAACCAAAGCUGAUUAUACCUACAGGUCAGUAUAGGACCUACAGUUACAUAGCAGAGAGGUGUAGAGUGAGGGACAAUAAAGAAAGCUACAGAGAACACUUUAUAAGGGGAGGUGUUGUUUUAUGUAGAGAGAAGCUGUGUUUGCUUUUGCUGAAGAUCAAAGUUCACCAUUAAAAUGAAAGUAAAUGUAGCAGAGACAUUUAGAACAGAAGAGGUAAAAAAGUCAUUAACUGGUGUUCAAACGAAAAUGGCCGAUGGGGAAUGUGAAAUGGCUGUAGACAAAGGACAAAGCUGGACAGAAACCAUGCCAGCACCCAAUCCCUUUGAGGAGGACACCCCACUCACCCGUCCAUCUCCUGAGGGUGGAAACCCCUUUUUUGAAAAUGAUGAAGUAGUAGAGAAAAGAGAACCUCUAGGGACAGAUGCUAAACGACGAGGAACCCUUGAAAAAAUUGCUGGUCUCUCACCUUUCUGGAAGGGAGGAAAGGGUCUUCUAGGAGGAAAGGUGACAGUGGAGAAAAGGCGAGGACGACGUAAGUCUGAGGAUGUGAAUGCACUGUCCCUUGGGCGCAGAAAAGAUGGAGGAACAGAAGAAGAUGGGGGUGGUCCAGGUGGAGGUGUGAAGCGCUUAUCCUUCUUGUGGCUGGGAUCAGGAGGUUUAGGAACUGGUGGGAAUCGGUCACAUCGGGAGUCAAUGGUGGAAGCUGUGCCUGAACGGGUCGAGAUCGUGCAAGAGGAUGACAAGAGCCGGGAGCCACUUUCAGUGCUGGAGAUUCUUCACCUCAUCCAACGUCGAGAGCUAAGAUUGGCAGACCAGCACAUCAUAGAGCUUGAGGCAGAGUGCGAUGGAGGUGCAAGUCCAGGGGUUGUACCCACAAGCCCAGGGCGCCAGGCCAAGGAUGUUACCCUCCUGUAUGAAGCCCUGAUGAAGGAGAUGUGGGCAGUGGUGGAAGAGUCACUCAAUAUUAAGGGGACAACAACAAAACUAGAUGAAGUUAUUGGGGUCAUUCAACAGGAGGAAGAUCGGAAAGGACCCCAGGGAAACAAAGACAUGAGAGGUCGCUGGGUAGAGGCAGUGGGAAAAAGUGUGGAUAAUCGUCUGAAGAGCAACCUGGAGGGUAAAAUGGGGUCACUAUCAUCUCAGGCUGAGAGGGUCAAAAGAACAACAGUAGAAGAUUUGACAGCUGUGAAGAACUGUCUGGUCUGUGUCUAUCCUAGAGAUUUUGAAGUUUUCCGAACCUACCUCUCUGCAUAUCACAGUGGAAUAGCAGAGUGGUUGAACUCUGCCGCACAGCGCUCCCUGGAGACCAAUGAAAUCUACUUCAUUUUGGACUGGAACAGCAAUGUCUACUAUAGAGAUAUCCUUUCCCGGCCUGAGAUCUCACCUCUUAUUAAUCGGACAGAACUAGGGCCUCUCUUGCUUUCCGAUACGCAGAGGAUGCUGGAGCAUCAUUGUGUAAAUGCAGUGCAGGUACGUGUGUCCCAGCGCUUAGAGGAGGAGUUACAGUUGGAGCAGGAGCGGUGGAAGGAGGACUCUAUCACUGACGAUGUCCAGUCGUCGUUCAUUGGAAGAGUAAUACAGAUAAUGAGACCACAUGUGGAUCGUGCUCCAGCAAUAAGUGAAGACUUUGGGGUCCUUAUGUCUCGUUCGUGUCUAGGCUGCUUCUCUGAGGUCCUACACAGUCUCCAGAAGGCAGUAGAACGUUUCCACUGUGAGCAAGAAGGAAUGACAGAAGCCUUUAUUUAUAGGGUCAUCAGAAUCGUGAACUGCUGCCCCCCAUUCAGGGAGUUUGCUACUCGUAUGGCGCAGCAAGAUCCUGAACAAGGAGCACAGCCUCUCCGGGAGGCAGAGAAAUUCCUGGACAGAAUUAUUGGUUUGGCCACACGGAGCAUCUGUGACCUUGUGUUGCAUGACCUCAAGCCCUGUACGCGAAAACUUCUAGGUCGCAAGUGGUUGAAUAGUUCUGAUGCCUGUGAUGGGAUAGUGUCGGCAUUAGCUGAGCGAGCUUCUGCCCUACGCAAGAUGAGUCCUGGACCUUACCAGACAGUGGUGUCUGAGCUACAUCGUAGGGUUCUUCUGGAACUGGUUAGGCCGCUCAUUCAAGGCAAGAUGGUCUGUACCACUUCAAAGACCAGGAAGAAGGUGUCAGCCAAACUUAAGGAAGAGGCCAAACAACUGGGGCAGAUUUUCAGCAGGCUGGAAUCACCCCAGCUAUCAAUGGAUCUUGUGGUUCCACAUCUUGCUGAGAUAUUGGUCCUAGAGGACACAUCAUCUAUUCAGAUGGAGGUUGGCAUGCUCAUAUCUGAAUUCCCAGAUUUCAGGAAACGCCAUCUGUCAGCCAUCCUAGAUGUCCGGGGUCUAUGGGAUCCAGGUCCUAGACAGGCAAUACUAGGUGUCCUUCAUGAUUUGGAAAAUUCAGAUGUUCCUCCACCCGACAGGGGGUCUCCAGGUUUCUUCACUGAUGUCCUUGUCACACAUGACACACGCUGUAUUAAUGUCAGUCUCUUGCGUGCCUCCCAGUUCGGACGCAGGACCCUAAGCCGUCUUAGUUGCCGGAGCAUAGCAGGCAGCAGUAUAAGGAAUGGUGUAGGACCUGGGGAAGAGGAUACACAAUUAUAAGGAACUGUAAUGAGUUGUCAUGUGGUAAAGCCAUAUUGAUCUCAGUCACAAAAGAAAAUUGCUUGAAAUCUAAAACUUCAUUUUAAGUAGCUGUCUGGCCGGCUAUUGUUGACUUUAGUAUCUCAACUUAAUUUUUUAAGAUUAAAAGGUCUGCAGGACACAACAGAACCUGGGUUAUACUGUACUGCAAAUAUUGCACUGUUUUCCCGACAUAUCAGAUUAUGCAUGUGGCAUUGACGCAAAAAAGUAGCAAAAAUAUAUUGUGUUUCUGUCACAUUAAUCUAUGGUUUGUGUGUAUAUAUAUAUAUAUUGAAUGUUGUAAAAUAAUAAAUAUUAAUUUAAAAUUACAAA